AUGGAACUCGUCAAUCUCAAAUUUCGCGCUUGUCGGUGCCCACCAAAAAUGUUCAAGAAGUUGGAUCAGACACCUCUGCCCAAUACAGCUUCGAACAUGGAUGUGACAUCUGGGGAUGAUGCUGCAUCUACCUCCAAGAACACGCAAGGCCAUUCGUAUUCUUUACGUCCCAAGACCAAACCUUUUCAAGAUCAAAACACAUGCAUGGAUGAUUCACAAAUCGAUGCCUUGUUGGCAGAUGAUGAUCACCAUGAAGAUUCUCUUACAGAUUGCUGA